AUGGCACCCAGCCCAAACGGCAUGUUCCUGAAGCCCCACUUCCAUGAGGAGUGGCAGCAGCACGUAGCCACGUGGUUCAACCAGCCGGACAGAAGAGUCACAGACAUGAGGUCUGGCAAACCCAGGCACGCCUCACAGCCAAGUGGACCCACCAGGCCCAUUGUGAGGGGCCCCACAGUGAGGGAUCACACCGAAGUGUGUGGCAAGGGCUUCAGCUUGUUAGGGUUACAGGUUGCUGGCAUUCACAAGAUGGCGGCAUGGGCCAUGGGGAUCUUGGUGGAUCCAAGAAGGUGGAACAAGUCCACAGAGUCCCUGCAAGCCAACGUGCCAUGCCUACAGUACUGCUCCAAGCUUGCCCUCUACCCUGGGAAGCCCUCAGCCCCCAAGAAGCAAGGCAACUCUGCUAAAGAAUUCGAAUUUGCUACUCAGCUGAGAGGACUAGUCAUGCCCAGAUGGAAUGUCUAUAAGAACAAGAAAGCCAGAGUCAUUACAGAAGAGGAGAACUUCAAGGUGUAG